UUCCGCCGCAUUAUCGGCUUCCCCAGCGACGCCUAUAUACGGCGCUUCUUCCCUCUGUCUUUGCUGAUCACACAAAAAAAAAAAAAAAAAAAAAAACCAAAGACAAUUACAAUGGCAGCUUCAAUCCGCGCCAAUUGCCGCAAGGUCAUUUGCAUCGGCCGAAACUACGCCGACCACAUCACAGAGCUGAACAACACGAAGCCCAAGCAGCCCUUCUUCUUCCUGAAGCCCUCGUCCUCUAUCCUUAUCCCCGGCGAGGGUCCUGUUCUCCGACCGCGCGGCACCAACCUGCACUAUGAGGUGGAAUUGGGUUUGGUGAUGGGCAAACAGGUCCGCGAUUUGGAUCCGUCGGACGACAAGGGAGCGUUGGAUGCGAUUCACAGCUACCUCCUCGCAAUCGACAUGACAGCUCGCAACGUGCAAGAUGAGGCGAAGAAGAAGGGUCUCCCUUGGACGAUCGCAAAGGGCUUCGACACCUUCCUCCCCGUUUCGCAGGAGAUUCUCAAGUCGCAGAUCCCCGACCCGCAUAAUGCGUUCUUGCGUCUCAAUGUCGGUACCCAGCAGCGACAGGCUGAUUCGACCGGGUUGAUGCUCUACCGGAUCCCUAGACUGCUCGCAGAGAUCUCGCGCGUGAUGACGCUGGAGAAGGGUGACUUGGUGCUGACCGGUACGCCCAAGGGCGUUGGGGAGGUCAAGUCAGGAGACGUCAUGACUGCGUCGAUCGAGGUUGAUGGGAAGGAGAUUGAACAGGGAAGGAUUGAGGUUGAGGUCAAGGAUCGAGAGGGGCGCUAUGAGUACCGCGAGACUUAAGGAGUUCGAUUCUUGCCGUGUUUUGAGAAUAGAUAUUGCUGCUACACUACAACAUACUGUACAUAUGUGAGGGAUAGCACCAGUUGGGAUCCCUAGGCUAAGCUAAUAAUGACGCCCAGCAAACGGCUCGUAAAUAGACUCGGCCGUAUCUGGACGUACAAUUGGUAUAGUUCUCCUUCCCCUCAUAUUGUUAUUUUCCAC